UCUCUCUCUCUCUCUCUAUCUCUAUCUCUCUAUCUCUCUUUUAAAGAAAUAAAAAUAUUCCUGGUUUUCUCCAGAAAUUCAUCACUACCAACAACCAGGAUAAUUAACAAAAAGCAAUGUUAAACUGCUGAAAGAGGUGAAGUACAAGCCGUCCAGAAGAAUCUCCUGAAAACGCAGAAAUUGUUUGCUACAUUUCACAGACAGAUGGAGCCAAGUCCCAACAUGGAGAAACAUCAGCACUCUGUCAAGAGUUUUACUAAACAGAGUGAUCUCAAAAAACACCAGCGCAUUCACACAGGAGAGAAACCACAUCACUGCUCAGACUGUGGGAAGAGUUUUACUAAACAGAGUAAUCUCAAAAAUCACCAGCGCAUUCACACAGGAGAGAAACCGUAUUACUGCUCAGACUGUGGUAAGAGUUUUACUAGACAGAGUAAUCUCAAAAAACACCAGCGCAUUCACACAGGAGAGAAACCGUAUCACUGCUCAGACUGUGGGAAGAGUUUUACUAAACAGAGUACUCUCAAUAAUCACCAGCGCAUUCACACAGGAGAGAAACCGUAUUACUGCUCAGACUGUGGGAAGAGUUUUACUAAACAGAGUACUCUCAAUAAUCACCAGCGCAUUCACACAGGAGAGAAACCGUAUUACUGCUUAGACUGUGGAAAGAGUUUUACUGAACAGAGUACUCUCAAAAUUCACCAGCGCAUUCACACAGGAGAGAAACCGUAUUACUGCUCAGACUGUGGGAAGAGUUUUAAUCAACAGAGUCAUCUCAAUAAUCACCAGCGCAUUCACACCGGAGAGAAACCGUAUUACUGCUCAGACUGUGGGAAGAGUUUUACUACACAGAGUACUCUCAAUAAUCACCAGCGCAUUCACAUAGGAGAGAAACCUUAUUACUGCUCAGACUGUGGGAGGAGUUUUACUCAACAGAGUAAACUCAAAAAACACAAGUGCAUUCACACAGGAGAGAAACCUUAUUACUGCUCAGACUGUGGGAGGAGUUUUACUCAACAGAGUAAACUCAAAAAACACAAGUGCAUUCACACAGGAGAGAAAACUAUCCCAAAUUUGUUCCACUGCAAUAAAAAGCGCAAAUCGUAAAUCUUUCAGACAGAACACCUUAUCCUACACAAAUGUUUCACUUUGUCACUUGGGACACGUUCCACCAGAAACAAACAUGAACUGAAUUUAACAAUGGAUUUUACAGGUUCAGCAAAAUGAAUCUGAUCCAGCGAUGAUGUUUAUUGAAUUUAAUGUUAUGUUUUCUUGCAUGUUUGAUAUUCCAGGACAUUCUUCGUGAGACACAGCUCAGUUUUUAGGGUAGUUACGGUAGGAGUUCAGUUCUGAAGAAGGGAAGGUUGUUUAAGUUCGAGUGAGGGCACUGCCAGUGCUUGCACCAGAUGUUAGGUUAGCAUAAUUUAGUCUUUAAAAUGUAGAUGUUGCUAGGAGUACAGUAGGAUUCUUAGUCUGCAACUAAGCAUUUUGGAUCAAACCUUCAGUGCUUAUGCCUAAAAGGUUUUGAAUGCAUUUAAUCGCUUUUCUAGUAUAUACAGAUUCAAUUAUUUCCAUUAAUUUCUAGUAUCUCUGUUUUUCCUCUGUGGAAGCCGUCCUCAGUUCCCCAAGCUUAGCAUAGCUUACUUUAAUGCUAUCAACUGCCAGGCCACCCAUAUGAAAGGAUAAGGGGAAAACACCACCUGAGGAACUCCAGAGAGAGAGUGUGCUUCCAAAAGUGUGACCCAGAGCCACAGAGAGACGACACUGUGCCAGGUGGAGCAUUCAGACCCCACAGAGAGGCCAACAAAAUCUUUUCCAGAGGUUUAAUAAAACGCUCCAGCCGUAGUUCUCAUACUGAAAUCAACCCCCUCCAGACCUGUAUAGCGCAGUAAAGUUGCUGGCUCAUUUAUUGCCCCUGCUGUUGUUCUCUCUGUUACCAUAGAGGGAUAUUUGGUUAAUGUUUAACUCAAGUUUUUUACUCUUUUUCUUAUUAGAUAUUGUAUCUUGCUUAAGACUUUUUAAUCUCCAAAGUUACUAAGAAUAUCCAAUUGAUUUAGUUCAUUGAUUGUUUUUAUCCAGUACCAACUAUUAUCCUUGCAUUGCUUCACAUCUAUAUUUACUAGGGGUGCAGGAAAAAAUCGAUUGGAGCUAACAUUGAACGAUUCAGAAUCGAUUCUCAUUUUCCAAAAAAACGUGUUUUUUGGGUGAAGCUACUGUCGCGCUGAGCUUUUUAACUGUCCCUGCGGAGCUCUUUAACUGUUAAAAAGCUCUGCGCGACAGUAGGUGAACUCCCAGUUAGGCAACAGAGGGGUGUGCAUGCUAAAAGCUAGUGUAUUUAGUAUCUUCUCUGCUUGUUACAUAAUUAUAGCCUAUCUAACGUUCCACUCUUGACCUUGUGGCUGUUUGAGGUUUUUUUCCAGUUUUAACAAUGUCUUCCUUUUAGAAAUGAAUACAGGAUUAGUCAACCAUGCUAGAAAUUAAUCAUUCAUUAUUGUGGCACUGUCACUAUAUUGCAAAAAUAUUUUAUACAGUAAGGAACCUAAGUUUAUUGUUUGAAAUAAAUGUUCUGUUUGUUUAAAUUGUCCUUUCAUCUUUUUAUCUUCUCACAUAAUUUAAACAAAAUUUAUAGGCCAUUUGAAUUGAUAAAUCAUUCUAGAAUCGAAAAUUGUUUCUGAAUCGAACCUUGACCCCAAAAAUCGGAAUCAAAUCAAAUCGAAACACUGAGAGAUUCAUACCCCUAAUAUUUACUCGUGUGUGUUUCAAUAAAAUGCUUUUAUAUUGCAAGAUCUGCAAUCUCGUGUUUUCUCACUAUAUGGUUGAUAACCUUUCUGUGACCUGGAACCUAUCCAUCCUGAGCCUGUUUUAUGUUAUUAUUUGGUGAAGGGUGUGAUUGGAGAUAACCACACCUGCACACUCUUAUUUUUAAAUGUUUUAUACAUUUAUAUAUACAGUUAUUACUUUUUCUGUUCACUUAAUAAUUUAUUUAAAAACUGCUUUCUUUUUAACUGUCACAAUGACGCAGGGCUUUGAAGGUUGUUUGUACUUUUUCAGAAAUCAGGAAGGUCAGAGUGUUUUCAUCAACAAUGAGAGCUGUGAGGAGAACGUGGCCCUGAGUGGCAGAGAAGCUUCACUGCUGUUCUGCUGUUCUGGGACCAGUGCAUAUGAACUAGGAGACAACAAGCUAUCUGAGUGAAGUGCUGGGAACCUCUCCUCAGAUAUCCAGCGCUUGCCUGUUCUACACGCCGUAAAGUCGCACACAGGCCAGAAGAUAUUUCCAUCCACUCUUUUCCUCUGUUUCAUCUUCUCACAGACUUUAGGGCACAUAAGGAUUGUUUGGAACACAAGGACUGUCUGCUGUGUUCAUGAAGGACACAGAGCUGAACAACAUCAUGCUGCUUGGAUUAAGUCUGGAGGGCUCCCUCUCUCUCUCUGGGUUGUGAAUGUGUUGAUCUAUCACGAUUUUAUUACACUAUGUGUUCACUCGUUGAUGUACUUUUAUUCUUUUCUAAUAUAUAUUUAUAUAUAUAUGUAAUGCUGAAACUAUGCUUUUUCCAGUGAACUUUCAUACAUUUUAAAUUCUAA